AUGGGAUUUGAAAAAGUGGUCAACUUGAUCAUGUCCGCUCGUAAGACGAAAGUAACUACGCGCUCUGCGGGGCCUGUCCGUAGCGAAGUGAGCUUUAGCGGCAGCUUCAGUGGAUCGACUGGAGAGGAUUCCUUCCAGUCAAUCCUCGAAAGCAGCCGUACACAGGAGAAAGAGCAACUCACUGGCCUUAACAGCCGUCUUGCUACUUAUAUUGACAAAGUGCGACAACUGGAAGCUGAGAACAAUCGUCUCACCGUCCAAAUCAAGGAUAUUGAAGUAGUUGAGAAGAAAGAAAGGAAUAAUCUUGCCGAACGUUUUGAAGCAGAGAGGGCUCGUCUUCGCUCCGCGCUGGAGGAUGCUCGUGAACAAGCGGCCAAAUAUGCAGUUGAACGUGAUUCGGCUAUUGGAGAACACGAACGUCUUGCAUCAAAAGUUGCCAAGCUGGAAAGGGAUUUGAAAAAAUCUGAGGAAGAUCGUCUCUCAGCCCUUUCUUUGGCUGAAUCCAGUACUGCCAAGCAGAAGAAUAUGCAGAACAGACUUGACAAAGCUGAAGGCGAUGUUGCCAACCUUGAAAAGGAAGUAGCUCGUCUCCGCAUGCAACUUGCUGCACUACAGAAGAACCUUGAGGAUGAAAGCGUCCUUCGUGCGGCUGCUAACGCCAAGAUCCAGGCGUUGAGUGAGGAUUUGGAGUUUCAAAAGAAACAGCAUAAGUCGGCUUUGGAAGAAGUCCGCCACAAGCGUCAAGUGGAUAUGACAACCUAUGCCAAGCAGAUUAAUGAUGAAUAUCAAUCAAAGCUACAAGACCAGCUCGCUGAAAUGCGUGCUCGCUUCCAGUCUCAAUUGGCUGCUAACAAAGGAGCUUUCGAGGAGGCUUACAAGAACAAGCUUAAUGAUGCUCGUGAGCGAGCUGAAGCUGCACAUGAUGAGGCAGCUCGUAUGCGAGUUCGUGUCCAUGAACUGGAGAAGAGUGGAAGUUCUCACGACACUGUC